AUGGGUCAGAGACAAAACACAGCUGUGAAAUUAACAAUGAUUAUCAAAAUUACACAAUACCAAAAGUCCACAAAUGGUAAUAAUGCUUAUAAAAGAAGUAAUCCUAAUAACAGUAUAAAAAUAGUGGAUGCAUUGAUGAAGACGUUUAGGCUUGAAUAUGUCUUCGGACCAAACGAGGAAGAGCUCGAGCAUCUUAAAGUUCUUGGUAACGGUGGAUUCGGAAUAGUUUAUAAAGCGCGUCAUAAAACCUUGGAUAUUGCAGUCGCAAUCAAAUGUUUGUUUCCUAGAGCGAAGAGCGAAGACUAUUAUAAAGUAUUUGUUAAAGAGUUGCUUGCGCUAGAUCCACCAAUAGUUAACGAUGACCAACACUUAUCGAGCGACCAAAUUACGAUAGUCAGCAAACAACAACCAGACACGCUAUAUGACCCUGACAAAGUGGAGACGACAAACCCACCCGCGGAACGAAUUAAAAUGUCAGAUCAUCGAUUAAUAGACGAGUUAUUGCGGAUAUUUGAGAGUAGUCUCAAAAAAAGUACAUUCGCUAUUGUUCCAGCCAACAACAUUAAAAAAUGGAUCAAGCAAAUGAAUUAUAAAGAGGAAGAAGUGCUUCAUGUGCUUGUUUCAAAUCACGAUUACAAGGACAGCCUUUUGUUAAUUGGACUAUUUUACGCGCAAAAUAUAGGGACAGAUUGUGAGUGGGCUAGCGCAUAUAAUCGAUUUCUGGAAUCAUUUAACAAGGGUAAUCGCAAAGCCACAUACUGGCUCGGCCUCUGCUACGAAAAUGGAUUUGGGGAAGUGGCUGCAAAUUCAAGAACGGCAUUAACGUAUUACAUCCAGGCGGCCAAGUCUGGCUAUCCCGUAGCACAAUGCAAAGUUGGACGAAUCUAUGAAGAGGGCGUCGUGGUAACAAAGGACAUGGUGUCAGCAAUCAAGUUUUAUGAAAAAGCAGCGAAGCAUGACAAUCUUGUAGCCCUAUCGCAACUCGCAGAAAUCUAUGAAAAUGGUAUAUACGUCCGAAAGGAUCUUAAGAAAGCAAUGUUACUAUAUAAACAAAUAGUCGAUACUGGUUCGGAUAGUUGGGCGAUGACCUCUUAUCUCAGAACAAAAGCAAGAAGAGAAGCAGAACUGGAACAGUUUUACAAAAGAGCAGGCGUUUUUUCUUUUGCCGUGAAAAUUUUUAUCAAUUAA